AAACAAAUUAAUACCAUAACAUACCAAGAAACAAAUACAAUUAAUGUUGAAGAUAAUGAUUUGGAAUUAGAGCCGGAUAAACCAGUUCCUUCUCUAUUUCAAAUUGAGGGCAGAAGAGUUGUUGAUUUUAUGUAUUUUUUUAAUCAAAUAAAACUCAUCUAAUCACAAUUCUGGAUUCGGUUGUUCUAUAAGCAAUGUACAAGUUAUAAAAGAAACACUUAUUGGCUUGGAGUCGGUGAUUCAUUUCAAAUGUGAUAUGUGCAAUUUAAAAUUUCAAGUUAGUCUGAAAAACAACAAUUUUACCAAGGAGAUGACUGUAAAUCAUGCUGCUGUGACCGGUGCUAUGUUAAUUGGCUGUGGUCUGACCAAUUUAAAUGAGUUGCUUACCGCAAUGGAUCUUCCUAACUUAAAACAAAAAUCUUACAAAAGAUUUUAUAAUGAUGUAUUCAAGUGGUGGGAAGUUGCUGCAGAAACUUCUAUGAAAGAAGCGGCUAAAGAAGAAUCUGCUCUAGCCAUUGAAAGCGGAGACGUCAUUGAUGACAUUCCUUCAAUAACGGUUAUAGCAGAUGCAUGUUGGUCCAAACGGUCUUACAGAAUCAAUUAUUCUGCAGCAUCAGGAGCAGGCGCAAUAAUUGGACUAAAAACUGGGAAAGUGUUACAUAUGCAAGUAAAAAACAAAUACUGCAUAAUUUGCGCUCGAUCUCUUACAAAAAGUCAACCACCACCGAGUCAUGAAUGCACUAGAAACCAUGCAGGAUCUUCAUCCAGCAUGGAACAGGCCAGCAUAGUCGAAGGUUUUAAAACUUCAGUUGCAAAACGGAAUUUGAUAUACUCGACGCUUAUUGCUGACGGUGAUGCUAGCACUUAUAAGAAAAUUUUAGAAUGCAGACCUUAUCCUAAUGUACAAGUACAGAAAAUAGAAUGCUCAAAUCACCUACUUAGAAAUUACUGCAGUAAAUUUAUACAGCUUCAAAAAGAUACGUCGAUUCCACUUUUAGAGCGCAAAUUGUUGACAUCAGAACGCAUUACUCGUCUUCGCACAGCGGUACGAUCAGCAGCUCGCUUUCGUAAUGCUCAAAAUAAUAGUUUGUCAGAAAAAAUUAUUAAACUAAGAGACGAUAUUUUGAACAGUCCAAAACAUGUUUUUGGCAACCAUAAUUCGUGUGAAAGUUACUAUUGCGAAGGAGAAAAAAGAAACGAGCCUAAUCUAGUUCCUGAAUUGAAAAGCUUGUUUUCAAAAAUCGUGGCUCAUACUACUCAAAUAGCUUUACACUCAAAAAGUUUACUAUGGGAUGUCAAUAACAAUCGAGCUGAACAAUUCAACAGCAUUGUGGCAAAGCAUGUAGGGGGGAAAAGAAUAAACUACAGUUUGAAAAAUUCCUAUACUGCCAGGUAAUACACGAUUUUUAUGUAUAUGCAAUUUGCAAAUUAUCACUUUUUAAUACCUAUAAUAAUUAUAGUGACGGGUUG